AUGACGACUGCCGAGUCCUUUGAGAUCCACGAGGAUGCUCGCACCGAGGAGACGGUCGUCAUGGCCGACGACGAAGCAGCCUCCGCGGGUUCCGAGGAGCCGCGGCCUGACGACGACGACGACAACCAAGGCGAGGCAACCGAGACACAAGAGAUGGAGGCCGACGAGGAGCAGCAGGGCUCCGAGGACGACCGGGUCGAGAGCAGCGUUCAGGCCGACAUGGACAGGCUGCAAAGAGACUACCCUGGGUUCAAGGAAAAAUAUCGCUUAAUCAAGCGCAUUGGCGAAGGUACCUUUUCCACCGUCUUCAAGGCUGAGGAUCUUCACUACAGCCGCUACGACAACAGCUGGGACAUGCAAGAUGGCUCGUCCAAGUGGACGCCCCCGCCCCUCGGGAAGCACCAUCAUGCCCAUCGCUCUCCGCGGCGGCGCCCCCGAUACGUCGCCAUCAAGAAAAUCUACGUCACGUCGAGCCCGGCGCGGAUCCUCAACGAGCUCGAACUGCUACACGACCUCCGCCAGUGCCCGUCCGUCUGCCCGCUCAUCACCGCCUUUCGCCAUACGGACCAGGUCGUCGCCAUCCUGCCCUACUUUCGCCACGGCGACUUCCGCUCCUACUUCCGCGACAUGACCAUCCCGGACAUUGCCAUCUACCUGCGCGCGCUCUUUACCGCCCUGCGCAGUGUCCACGCAAACAAGAUCCUGCAUCGCGACAUCAAGCCCACAAACUUCCUCUACGACCCGGCCACACAGCACGGCGUCCUCGUCGACUUUGGCCUGGCCGAGCGCGAGGGCUCCGACUGCAAGCCGUGCCUGUGCCACGAGCCCCGCGAGGUCCGCAAGCUGCGCCAGUCAAACUCGACCUGGGCCCAGUCGACGGCCACCCCGCAGCCCGGCUACCCCAAGUCGGACACGCGGCCCUCGCGCCGCGCCAACCGCGCCGGUACCAGGGGCUUCCGUGCCCCCGAGGUGCUCUUCAAGUGCACCGAGCAGACGACGGCCAUUGACAUCUGGUCCGUCGGCGUUAUCCUCCUCACCAUCCUGUCCAAGCGCUUCCCCUUUUUCAACUCGGCCGACGAUGUCGAGGCCAUGAUUGAGAUUGCCACCAUCUUCGGCGCCAAGCGCAUGAAGGCCGCGGGGCUCCUCCACGGCUGCGUCUUCGACACAAACAUCCCCACCGUCGGCCAGCAGGGCUUCACCAUGGAGAAGAUUAUCCUCUGGAGCACCUGCCGCACCGACGACAAGCCCCUGACGGCCGACGAGAAGCUCGCCGUCCGCUUCCUGGAGCGCUGCAUGGAGCUCGACCCGUCGCGGCGUAUCACGGCCGAGCAGGCGCUGCAGCACGACUUUUUGCGCGCUGCCCAGCUCCAAGAGCUGGCCGACGAGGACGAGGUGGACAUGUUGGAGGCGUAG